GUGCUCUGUCUGUUAAAGAAACAGACGAGGGAAAAAUCUAGCAAGAUAAACGUUGCUGUCCUGAACUGGAUUAAUCGUGCCAUAUAAUCGAAUGCAUAUCCGAUUGUUCAGUUAAUUUGAUCAAGUUCACAGGUCUGGCUGGGAGAAUAAAUAAUCAAAAGACGAAUUGUUAGCGGCGAUCCAGCAUGGCAGAGGCUCAUCAGGCUGUGGCCUUUCAGUUCACUGUUGGCCCUGAUGGCAUUGACCUUCAGCUCAGUCAUGAGGCCCUUCGGCAGGUCUACCUCUCUGGAGUUCACUCCUGGAAGAAGAAAUUCAUUCGCUUUAAGAAUGGGGUUUUGAAUGGUGUUUACCCAGGGAGUGCACCGGGGUUCAUGCUGGUGUUGGCAGGGUACUUGGGAAGAGCUCAUUAUUUAAAAGUGGACCCUUCCUUAGGCCUGCUCAUCAAACUUGGCAGACAUGUCCCAGUCAGUAGGUACAUGUCUACACAAAAGCAGAUGUUAGUUGGGGGUGUCAUGGUGGGCACGGGUCUGUGGAUUGCUAUCAUAUUCAGCAUGAGGACUGUCCUGAAGGGUUUGCUGUCCUGGCACGGCUGGAUGUUUGCUCCCCAUGGCAAAAUAACCUGGCAAAUUCGACUAUGGCUGAUUCUAAUGAAGAUUUUUUCUGGCAUGCAAACACCAAUGCUAUACAGCUUCCAGAACUCUCUCCCUCAUUUACCUGUGCCAUCUGUGAAGGACACCAUGAGAAGGUAUCUUGAGUCCGUUCAACCACUGCUGAGCGAAGAGGAACACCAAAGAAUGCAGAGUCUUGCGCUUGAUUUUGAGAAGAACCUUGGACCAAAACUUCAGUGGUACCUCAAGCUGAAGUCUUGGUGGGCCACCAAUUAUGUCAGUGACUGGUGGGAAGAAUAUAUCUACUUGAGAGGUCGUGGGCCAAUCAUGGUUAACAGCAACUAUUAUGUAAUGGACUUUCUUUACGCCUUUCCCACACAUCUGCAAGCAGCAAGAGCCGGCAACAUCAUUCAUGCAAUCAUGCUUUACAGGAGGAAGCUGGACCGGGCUCAAAUCAAGCCGCUUAUGCUUCAAAACACCAUCCCUAUGUGCUCAUCCCAAUAUGAGCGCAUGUUCAACACCAGUCGCAUCCCAGGCAUAGAAACAGACACAGUGCAGCACAUGUCUGACAGCAGGCAUAUUGUGGUGUAUCACCGAGGCCGUUACUUUAAAGUAUGCAUGUUUUAUGAUGGGCGGUUACUGUUGCCACGGGAGAUAGAACAGCAGAUGGAGAGGAUUCUGGCUGACACCUCAGAGCCGCAGCCUGGAGAGGAAACCCUCGCCGCCCUCACCGCAGGGGACAGAGUGCCUUGGGCCUGUGCCCGUAAUGCCUACCUCAGACACGGCAAGAACAAGAAGUCUCUGGAUGCUGUGGAGAAAGCCGCUUUCUUUGUUACACUGGAUGACACAGAGCAGCGCUAUGAUCCAGCAAAUCCUGUGGAAACCCUGGACCGUUACGCUAAAUCGCUGCUCCAUGGGAAGUGUUAUGACAGGUGGUUUGAUAAGUCCAUAAACUUAAUUGUCUUCAAGAAUGGAACCACGGGCCUUAAUGCAGAACAUAGCUGGGCUGAUGCUCCUGUUGUUGGCCACCUCUGGGAGCAAGUGCUCUCGAUGGACCCUGUUAAGCUGGGCUACACAGCAGAUGGCCACUGUAAAGGAGAUCCUCACCCUAAUCUUCCUGGACCUCAGAGACUCCAGUGGAAUAUCCUGCCUGAGUGCCACACUAUGAUUGCCAACUCUCUGUCUGUGGCCGUGGUUUUGGCUGAUGACGUGGACUCGCACAUCAUCCCCUUCAAUGACUUUGGGAAAGGCCUGAUCAAGAAGUGCAAGAUCAGUCCUGAUGCCUUCAUUCAGUUUGCACUGCAGCUGGCCCAUUAUAGGGACAAAGGAAAGUUCUGCUUGACUUAUGAGGCAUCCAUGACACGUUUAUUCAGAGAAGGCCGUACUGAAACUGUGCGCUCCUGCACCAUGGAAUCCUGUGCUUUUGUCCGUGCCAUGAUCAGCAAUCAAACGAGAGAAGAGAAGCUUCGUUUACUAACCCAGGCCGCUGAGAAACACCAGCAGAUGUAUAGACUGGCAAUGACUGGUCAGGGCAUUGACCGCCAUCUCUUUUGCCUCUAUGUAGUGUCUAAGUACCUUGGACAGGACUCCCCAUUCCUCCAAGAGGUGCUGUCAGAGCCUUGGAAACUCUCCACUAGUCAGACUCCUUUUCAGCAGGGGGAGCUGUUUGAUCUGGUGAAUCACCCAGAGUAUGUAACCACUGGAGGAGGCUUUGGACCUGUUGCUGAUGACGGUUAUGGUGUGGCCUAUGUGAUUUUAGGUGAAAAACUCAUCAAUUUCCACAUCUCUUCCAAGCAUUCCAGUCCAGAGACGGACUCUCAUCGCUUUGGAAACAAUAUCAGGCAAGCAAUGCUUGAUAUCCUGAAUCUGUUUCAGCUUGACAAAAAGAACCUAAAGUGAUUUGAAUGGUGAAAUGAUUAUGCUUUUAAUGACUCCUUUCACCUUAAUUAUAUAUGAGCAGUGUUGAGAGAGGCUUGACUUUUUCUUUUCUGUUUUUUGCUUGUGUUGUCUUGUUUGUUUGCAUGUGUCUGUGAGAUGCAGCGUAUAAAGGAGAGAAGUAGGUAGGGAGUGUGAGAAUCUCAUUCUGUCGUUAUAUAUGCUGGUGCCUUAACAUAUGUCUUAACUGAACAGUUCAGUGCAGGUGAUCUAAAGUAAAACUGCAUUUCAUUACCAAGACUGCUUUCAGUAUAUUUUACUGAGAUGUACAGAUUCAUAAAUACUGUAAUAGAUGACAUUCUCUUGACAAGAUGUCAAGGAGCAUAAUAAUCGCUUGGCUGAAGUGUUGAGCUUACGAAUCAAGCAAGUUUAUCAAAUUUAGUAUUCAGUAAUGAAGAAAGAUGAGAUUAAGCAGAUGAUAAGUUUCUGAAUUUCCCAAGUGUGCACUCAUUUAUUUUGGAUUUUUCUCACUUUUUGCUCUCCAACUUGAUUUUAUGGGUUGAUAUCGUGUUGAUUCAGCAUUGAAAGGUCACCAUGUUUUAAUGUGGGAUGUGUUAAUGCUUAUCAGAGGCUUUAUCACAUUAAUUGUACAUUUAUUUUUAUUUGGUUUAAUUUCAUUUACUUCCAUGUUUUACGUUCCAUCUUGAGUGUUAUACACUGUAAUAAUUUUGGAAAUUAUUGUCAAAAAAAGAAGCUCUGGGAAAAAAAUCUCAUGUAUUUAUUUUGUACUCAUAAUAAUGUGUUAAUGAGUAAUUAAUGAGUGUCCUCUCAAAGUACAUGUACAUUUAUUUGGAAAUUCAGAAGAAGCAUUAAACGUACUAUAAUAAUA